AUGGAUAUUCUGAUGCCAGAAUAUUACUCCACAAAAGAAGCGGGAGUUAAGUAUCACAGCGUGAGACAGCAUUGUUUCGGUCCUCUUUAUGCUCCGGCUCCAUUACUGCAUCCGGAGACCCUCAUUCCAGAUAUUGAGCUCAUCAUUAAGGAUAUGAAUAGCACGGAUCAAGAUGUUAUUCGAUGGAAAAACAAAUUCUGCACGGUGCAAGAGAGGAGCAAUAACAUAAACGCAAGAUGUUUUCACCUUAACUUGAAGAAAUCGCGCCAAUGGUUACUACAGAAUAAUGUUAUAUUCACAAGGGCGGAUAAAUCGAAAGAAGUGGUACUACUAAAACGUUCUAAUUACAACGAGAAGCUGAAAGAAUAUAUUACAAACACAGAGUGCCAGUCUACUCCCGUCAACUUCUUGGAUACUUUGCAGCAUAGGGUUAAGAGAUUCACCUCCACUGCUUUAGCACGACGUUUACACAUGCAGAAUUCUACGAUCCUCGCUCCAAGAACACCUAGAUUAUUUGCAUUUGCAAAGAUGCAUAAACCGGGUAACCAGCUACGUCUGGUCAUUGAUAAAUGUGGCUCCCCAACAUUCUUGAUUGAAAAGCAGUUAGUCAACUUCUUCCGUGCUAGAGACCACCUACAUCCGUUUUCUAUUUCCAACUCACUGCAGCUUGUGGAGAGUCUCAGAGACACUUCUCUUACAGACAAGGAAUGUAUGACUGUAUUCGACUACAAAUCCUUGUACCCUUCGAUAAAAUUACCUCCUUGCUUCUGUUCUGUAAGGGAUUUUUUAUUUGCCAAUAUAGAAAAUGCUCCAUCUUAUCAUGCUCAUAUCCUGGAAUUAGCGUAUUUAAUUUGUUACACAUUGUUUUUUGAGUUUGAAGGAAAUAUCUUCUUACAAGGAAGAGGCGUGCCUAUGGGUAGUCCUACAUCUUCAAUCCUUUGCAAAUUGGUUUUGCGUCAGCUUGAAAACACCAUCCUACCCGAAUUUCAACAGCAGAUCAUUUUGUACGCCAGAUACAUUGACGACAUAUUCGUACUUUGGCACGAAGAACCUAACCUACAAUAUUUUUUAAACAAGAUCAACAAUAACCCUUAUGGUUUAACUUUGCAGCUUGACAGAAGAGCCACUCCAGUGUUAACUUCCUGGACAUUUCCAUUACAUGCAAGCAAGGGGAGAUCUGGACCGAUAUUUACCGUAAACCCUGCUUUCAACCCGUUAUCAUCCCAUGCCAAUCAAUCGAUCCCAAGUAUAUCAAAUUGGCGGUUUUCAGAUCAUGGAUUAAACGUGCUUACACACAUUGUACAAGUUUUUGCGACACGAUAA